GCCAUGAUGAUUGGCUGGCGCUGGGGCGGUGGGCGGUGGGACAGCCUGGCGAGCCUGGGUUGCAAACCCGCGCUGGACUUUCCCUUCCCAUGUUUCGCAGCCCUGGGGUUGUUGCCGAGGCCGGGGAGUCGGCUGGGCGGAAACCUGGAUUUGGUCCUAGGAGCUGCGGGGUUGACCGGAAGUGAUCCUGGGGCUGACCGGAAGCGAGGCCUGGAGGGACGAGGGAGCGCGGGUCCCGGGAGGGAGGGGGGAGUUCCUAGCCGUAAGGGGGCGGGGGAGAAAGGUGCGACGGCGACCUGGGAGCGCCGGGGAGGCCGUGGGUCGCUGCUGUUUAGGAAGCAGCGAGUGACCACCACGCGCAGAAGGGGAGAGCCCGGAGAGGAGGAGUGUGGGCGCUCAGGGCUGCCCCUGGGCAGUCGGAAUAAAUCAGCGGAAGGGCCCUCUCGCAGCUCCGGAGAGCCGAUUGCGAGGGAUUUUGAAAGUCGGGGCAGAACAAGGAGCCGAGGGUAGGGGAGAUCAGUGCGGGUCGGGCCAAAGGGUAGCUGGUGGGUACUGCGUGGGAAAUCUUGGUUUGCAGUGUCCUCCAGUUCUGCCCCCAUUGGAUAGAAUCACACUGCUCACCUUUGUGCAAGAAACAGUGUCUCCUGGGGCCAGGAAGCAGCCAGGAUGGCUUGGGCUCUGAAGCUGCCUCUGGCCGAUGAAGUGAUUGAAUCCGGGCUGGUGCAGGACUUUGAUGCUAGUCUGUCCGGGAUCGGCCAGGAGCUGGGUGCCGGUGCCUAUAGCAUGAGUGAUGUCCUUGCCUUGCCCAUUUUUAAGCAAGAAGAGUCAAGUCUGCCUCCUGAUAAUGAGAAUAAAAUCCUACCUUUUCAGUAUGUGCUUUGUGCUGCCACCUCUCCAGCAGUGAAACUCCACGACGAAACCCUGACAUAUCUCAAUCAAGGACAGUCUUAUGAAAUCCGAAUGCUAGACAACAGGAAACUUGGAGAACUUCCAGAAAUUAAUGGCAAGUUGGUGAAGAGUAUAUUCCGUGUAGUGUUCCAUGACAGACGGUUACAAUACACUGAACACCAGCAGCUGGAGGGCUGGAGGUGGAACCGACCUGGAGAUAGAAUUCUUGACAUUGAUAUCCCAAUGUCUGUGGGUAUAAUUGAUCCUCGGGCUAAUCCAAACCAACUAAACACAGUGGAGUUCCUGUGGGACCCUGCAAAGAGGACAUCUGUGUUUAUUCAGGUGCACUGUAUCAGCACAGAGUUCACCAUGAGGAAACAUGGCGGAGAAAAGGGAGUGCCGUUCCGAGUACAAAUCGAUACCUUCAAGGAGAACGAGAGCGGGGAGUAUACUGAGCACUUGCACUCAGCCAGCUGCCAGAUCAAAGUCUUCAAGCCCAAAGGUGCAGACAGAAAGCAAAAAACAGAUAGAGAGAAAAUGGAGAAACGAACACCUCAUGAAAAGGAGAAAUAUCAACCUUCCUAUGAGACCACUAUACUUACAGAGUGUUCUCCGUGGCCCGAAAUCACAUAUGUCAAUAAUUCCCCAUCCCCUGGCUUCAACAGUUCGCAUAGCAGUUUUUCCCUUGGGGAAGGAAAUGGUUCACCAAACCACCAGCCAGAGCCGCCCCCGCCAGUCACAGAUAACCUCUUGCCAACAACCACACCUCAGGAAGCUCAGCAGUGGUUGCAUCGAAACCGGUUUUCUACAUUCACAAGGCUUUUUACAAACUUCUCAGGGGCAGAUUUAUUGAAACUAACUAGAGAUGAUGUGAUCCAAAUCUGUGGCCCUGCAGAUGGAAUCAGACUUUUUAAUGCGUUAAAAGGCCGGAUGGUGCGCCCAAGGCUAACCAUUUAUGUUUGCCAGGAAUCCUUGCAGUUGAGGGAGCAGCAGCAACAGCAGCAGCAGCAGCAACAACAGCAACAGCAGCAGAAGCAUGAGGAUGGAGACUCAAAUGGUACUUUCUUCGUGUACCAUGCCAUCUACCUAGAAGAACUGACAGCUGUUGAAUUGACAGAAAAAAUUGCUCAGCUUUUCAGCAUUUCCCCUUGCCAGAUCAGCCAGAUCUACAAGCAGGGGCCAACAGGAAUCCAUGUGCUCAUUAGUGAUGAGAUGAUACAGAAUUUUCAGGAAGAAGCCUGUUUUAUUCUGGACACCAUGAAAGCAGAAACCAGCGAUAGCUAUCAUAUUAUACUGAAGUAGGUGUGGGGCUCCAUCCUCACUGGCUGCUGCUUCCUUCACCGCUUGGAAACUCCUCUCUCGAGGGGGUUGCAAAUGGAGAUUUGAAGGUCUGCAGGAAUCUGACUGUGGGGGGGAGUCCCGGUCAUGGAGGCAGCAUCUCAGCCAUCUGUGUGGGCCCCAGCUCUGGUGGCAUACACAGAUUACUGCCCAACAUGCAUUUCUGCAGCUGUUUCUUAGUUAAAAUUUCUGGACUCUGUUGUUAUUGAAUAUCAGUAGAAGCUCCAUUUCAUUUGGGGUGUAUGUAGGACAUAAUGAUGAUAAUUGUGUGAUGUUUAAUGGAAAGAUGUUAAAUUUUGUGAUAUGGAGCUCUUGUGUAAUUUUUUUCUAAUAUAAAAAAGUGAACAUCUAUAUUCAUAAGACUAGAGCCUCAAUCUCUUUUGCAUCAAACAUAAACUGGCUUUUACCACAGUCGGCCCCUGAAAACCUCAUCCAAGAGAAUUUUUCUUUUGGUUCCCCUGUAAUAUGAUGACUAAUAUUAAUUUUAGCUGACAUUUAUGGGGCAUUUAUUUGUGCCAGGCCGUGUGAAAAUUCUUCUAAUGGAUUAUCUGGUUUAAAUCCUCUUAAUAAUCCUAUAUGAAGAGGUAAUAAUGAUCCCUAAUUGAAGAUGAGGAAAUGGAGACAUGUAGUGGCUAAGUAGCUUGCUGAGUAACGGGCAGCUAGCAGGCAGUGUGAUGCUGAGAUCCAAAACCAGGCAGUCUGGUUCUUAAAAAUUGCCACUCAUUAUGGCCACCCUUGCAGUACCCUGUGCUUGUCAUCAUUUCUUACUGUGGCUCUUCUGGUGAAUAGGACAUAACACUGAGUGAGAACUGAGUAUUUAACCACUGAAAGGGACAAACCACACCGAAUGAACAAAUCAAAAUCUACA